UGAAUGUUCUGCAAGCGGUGGUUUGAAGUGUUGAUGGAAAAUUUUCCACUUCUUAUUCAGAUAGGAACGAAACAGUAGUAUGUGUCUAGUAUUUGUUUAUUCACAUUAAUUCGAUGGAUCUGGUCGUCAAUGUUUAUUUGGCUUAUUUGAAGUUAUAUGAAGAAGAAUGGAGUGUGGUGCUUGCAUGAAUGUUACAGCCCAGCAGUUUCUACAGAAUUUGGAGGCCGAAAAGUUGGAAACUGUUGUGUUUGAUGACGUUCUCGUAUGUUAUUCAAAUAAUAACAAAGGUGUAGGGUCAUAUGAGUGUCGAGUUACGAAUAAGGAUCUAGAUAUGAAAAGGCUUCUUGUGAAAACGUCAAUUAGAACCAUGCUAGGGGAAAUACAUAGCACUACGACACUUGAAGCACAUAUAACUUCCUCUCUUGAGACAAUUUCCCAAACAAAAUUAGAAACCAUUGUGACGAACGGAAGUGUUGUGGAAAGAAAGUCUACCAUCGAACUUGUUGAGAAUGUGUAUGAAAUCGGUUGUACUGAAUCAGUGAAUGGAGAAAUUAAGUUUUCAACAAAGAAAAAAUUAGCCCAAUCUAAUGUAUUAGGGUUAAUUGCCGAGGGUUCAGAUUUGAUUUUUCAGCGAAUUUUGGUUAAAUCUGCUUUUUCUGUUCCUUUCGAGGUUAUUGGUUUAGAUACAGAUUAUAAUCUAGCCACGGUGUCCUAUAUUAAUCUUGGAGAAAGAAACGUAUUCGUCGGAAAUAGUGAAAUAUCAGUGAGAGGAAUCCAGAGGACUGUGCAUUCUCAAAAAGCCCUCCCGUCAUCCUGGCAAACUUACUUUAUGCAGGACGGCCAUAUGAUACUAAGAAUACAAGUUGGCUCUCCGAUCACCAUAAAGGCGAACGCCAUACCUGAAUUGUUCAAAAAAGAAACAUAUUUGCCUAAACCAGUCGUCACAAAGGUCUCCUUAAAUUGGGAAGAUGAUCUGGAACUUUAUUCGCGUUUUUUAGACCGAAAGUUUGUAGUUAGAAGUACUUUCUCAUUAUAAGUAUGCUCCAAAGAUGCACAUUCGAAUUAAAUGAAAUCAAAUUUACAGCGGAAAGUUUGAAAAUUGGUAAACCAAGCUAAUCGAGAGGAAAUAAGAUUCAAUAAGUUUUUGUCAAGACUAAAGUAAGUGGAGUCAGCUUGAAAUCAAUAUCCAGUUGUUGGGAAACAAAUUUCUAAAUGCAUGAAAUAUAGUUUUUGAUUAAUUCUAAAACAAAAGGACAAUAACGUUUAGUAGUGUUUUGCGGGUAAAUAAGUCUCUCAUAUAUUAUAAAGAUAACGACAUUCGAGUUAAUUGAGCACGACAUAAGGAUUUCUGGUUCAGUAUCAUUAUAAGUGAUAUUGCUUAUGACCGAAUAAUAUGAAGUCAGAACUGAGAAAUCUAAAUUUCCAUCAUUUACAUCUGUUCUCUAAAUUUCACUACAUAUUAAUGCAAAGAGUUCACAAAUUGCUUUUUCCUUCUGUCAUCAUUGAUGUAGAUUCAUUUUUUUCGUUUUUUAGGAUAAAAUCAAAGCUCAAUAUCUUUUAUAUCUGCGCGAUCACCCAGAGAUACAUGAUAUGAUUUCUGACUUUAUUAAAUCAUUAUUAUUUCAUAAACCAGAUGAGGUAGUGAAAUACGCUUCAGAAUACUUCAAGAGUUUUUCAGCUCGCGCGUUACCGAGUAGAAUAUUUUCUGUUAAAACUGUAUAAGUGUAAUUACUUUCUAUCAGGACAUAUGUUUUUUAUUUUAUUUUUAUUCUUCAGACGUGUUUAGACCGUUUAUUUUUUCCUUAUUUACUUGAAUAUCAGGUUUCCCAUCUUCGUUCUCACCCAGUGUCCUUUAGUAACUGCAUAAUUAAUUUCUGAAGAAAUAUAUUAUUUUGGUUGUUUGCCUUGACAAUGUAGGUGUGAUAACCUAGGAAUUCUUUUAAAUAAGUUUCAGAAAUAUCAUCAGAUCCAC